AUGCCGCGCUCCUUCCUGGUGAAAACGCAUUCCAGCCACAGGGUCCCCAACUACAGGCAGCUGGAGACGCAGAGAGAAGCUAACGGCACCUGUUCCGCCUGCAGGGGGCUGGCGGUGCCCCUCUUCCUCCCAGAAAAUGCGGCCUCUUCUACCUCUGGUGACUCUCCCCGGCCCUGGGACCGCACCUCUGUCGUCGCCCGCAUCUCCCUGCCCCUUCCGAGUACCGAGGAAGCGCUGGGGGCCUGUGAGCCAGACCUCCUGGCAGGCAGCCAGGUGGACCCUCGGGCCAGCCGGGCCCCCGGCCUGCCCCUCAAAGACAGCCUGAACCACCUCAACCUGCCUGCCCUGCUGGUCCUGCCCACACGGUGGCCCCCGAUCCCAGGCCCGGAUGGGGGCCCGGCUCCAGACAGACUGCAGGCAGCCCCGGGGGGCUUUGAGGGCCUGCACGGCCACAGGCCGCACCCCACACCAACAGGGCUGGCCAGGCACCCGUGGGCGCCCCGCUGCUUCAGCUGCAGGCACUGCGACAAGGAGUACGCCAGCCUGGGUGCCCUCAAGAUGCACAUCCGCACGCACACGCUGCCCUGCCUCUGCUCCGUCUGCGGCAAGGCCUUCUCCAGGCCCUGGCUGCUCCAGGGCCACAUCCGGACCCACACAGGUGAGAAGCCCUACACCUGCUCGCACUGCGGCAGGGCCUUCGCCGACCGCUCCAACCUCCGGGCCCACCUGCAGACGCACUCGGACACCAGGAAGUACCGGUGCAAGAGCUGCACCAGGACCUUCUCCCGCAUGUCGCUCCUGGCGCGGCACGAGGAGUCUGGCUGCCGCCGCGGCCCCUGACAGGAGCGGCUCGGCGAGGUGGGAGGGACCGGACUUCAGCCCUCCUGGCACCCGUGCUGCCCGAUGGGCCCAGCCCCACGCUCGCUCGGUGGGCACUCCUCGUCUCCCCAUCGGCCACCGGCCGCCACCUGCCACCCGGUUCUGUCCAGGACCAGAGCUGCCAGUGGGCUGGGA